CUAUGAGUUAAACAGCUUUGCUGAACGAAAAAGUUUAAGAAAAAUAUAUUUUUUAUCUGUUGCUCUUUACAACAAUCAAUAGGCUUAGACAUUAUGGAAUUAGUAAACGAAAAUGAAGGUUCUCAGCAAAAGGGAGAUGAAGAAUCUCAGCAAAAGGAAGGUGAAGAAUACGAAGCAGAACAAAGUCUUUCUACGUCACAAUUAGGCAUGCUUAUGGUCGGGGGAAUGGAUGAGCAGGAGGUUGAUAUGGAAGAGGUUGCAGAAGAAGGGGCCCGAGUACCUGAUGACCUUGUCAUAGUUAAAAGGUCAGAAUGGGGCGCUCUACCCCCUGUGAAAGUGGAACUUAAGCCCCAUCUCACCACAACGGUCAUGUUUACCUACUCUACCAGAUGUAAACCGUGCUUCGACCAGGAGAAAUGCUCGAAGAGGGCGAGAAACAUCCAAAAGACACAUAUGAGUGUAGGCUUUCAAGAUAUUCCGUAUAAUUUCCUGGUUGGAGGAGAUGGCAGAGUAUAUGAAGGCAGGGGGUGGACAGUUCUGCCUGAGACACAUACGAAGUAUGUAAAAUUGAAGGGGUUCCUCAUUGAAAUAGCUUUUAUUGGAGACUAUGUCUUCAAGCGUCCAAGCGAAAAGAUGUACGAUGCAGCUUUAGAUUUGAUUCAGUAUGGAAGAGUCCACUUUUUGGUCAAAGACAGAUUUGGACUGAUUGAAAACUACCAAUGAGCUUCGAUUUGCUUCAUUCCAAUCAAUCUCUGAAAAUUUAUACUU